AUGGGAAUGUCCCGCAAGGCCCAGAGUAAGUUCAUUCACUGUGGUCAAUUACCCCUGGAAAUCAAAGCCUGUCUGUAUAGGACAGACAGAGUGCCUGCCCACAAGGAGCUUCUGGUGUUAUUGGCGAGGUUUUUCCAAAUGCGCGGGGCACAGGACAGUGACGACCGCUCGCUCGCCGGCCUGCUGCGCUCUCAGUCCCUGACUGACUCAGAUGCAGAUGGCAGCAGCGGCAGCCACAGGAAGUGGGACGCAGCCUGUGGCCUCCGAGAUUGGCUUCUCUGUGUCCUCCUUGCUGUGGACCCCGUGACGCCACAGAGCAAGAAUGCUUGGACAGUGAUUGGAAAAGGAGGUAAGAAUAUUAAGGCUUUCUAUACAGACUACAGAGCCAGGGUUCUAGCCCCAGAGGGCAAUGGCCCCAAGUGCAUGCUGAGUAUCAGUGCUGAUAUUGAAACAAUUGGAGAAAUUCUGAAGAAAAUCAUCCCUACCUUGGAAGAGUACCACCAUUAUAAAGGAAGCAACUUUGAUUGCGAGUUGAGGCUGUUGACUCAUCAGAGUCUGGCAGGAGGAAUUAUUGAGGUCAAAGAUGCUAAAAUCAAAGAGCUUCAAGGGAACACUCAAACAACAAUCAAGCUUUUCCAGGAAUGCUGUCCUCAUUCCACUGACAAAGUUGUUGUUAUUGGAGAAAGACUAUGGAGUUGUAGAGUGCAUAAAAUCAUCCUUGAUCUUAUAUCUGAGUCUCCUACAGAGGAUGUGCACAGCCUUAUAAUCCCAAUUUUCAUGAUGUAACCUAUUACAUUACAUGAUGUAACAUCAUUAUAUUAUGGUGGUUUUACAAUGAUGUCUGAUGACCACCAUGGAUGCCUGGUGGGGUUUCCCAGGCAGGGAAGAGGUGGUUUUGACAGAAUAUCUACCAGUCAGGGUGGGUGUUCCAUGUGGCCAUCUGGAAGAGAUUAUGAUGACAUGAGUCCUUGUUGAGGACCACCUCCUCCUUCUUUUCGACAAGGUGCCUGGGGUGGUAGCAAGGCUGAUAAUCUUCCUCUUUCUCCACUACCACCACAGAGGGUAAGAGACAUAAGGGCCUAUGACAGAAGAGGAAGACCUGGAGAUGGUUACAUGGCAUGGCUGGCUUCAGUGCUGAUGAAACUUGGGACUCUGCAAUAGAUACAUGGAGCGCAUCAGAAUGGCAGAUGGCUUAUGAACCAUAGAGUGGCUCCAGAUAUAAUUAUUCCUAUGCAGCGGACAGUGGCUCAUAUGGUGGACCUAUUAUUACUACACAAGGUACUAUUCCCAAAUAUUUGAUUGGAUCUAUUAUUGGCAAAGGUGGUCAGUGAAUCAAACAAAUCCAUCAUGAGUUGGAGCUUCAACUAAAGUUGAUGAGCCUUUAGAAGGAGGUGAAGGUCAGAUCAUUAUCAUUAUAGGAACAUAGGACCAGAUAUAGAAGGCACAGUAUUUGCUGCAGAACAGUAUGAAGCAAUUUUCUGGAAAGUUUUUACUAAUGCUAGUGAAGGACUGAAGGAGUCCUGCAUCUUUUUUUUUUUUUUUUUUUUUUUUAAUUUGCUUCUGUUUAAAAAGCCAUCAUGCCUCUGCUUCACAGGUGUUUUGCAUUUGAGGUGUAGUGAAACCUUUGCUGUUCACCAGGUGUAAGGUUUUAGUUCCUUACAAACCGGGUUGGGGGUGUAGGGAAGGGCUUGCAAAAACUAAUGUUGAAAUUUUGAAACAGCAGUAGAAUGAGCGGAUUUUUUUUUGUGUUCAUUGUUACUGGUUUAAAAAAAUGUUCCCCCAUGUAAUUUUUGUGAACACCUUACUUUGUGGUCACUGUAACAUUUGAGGGGUGAGACAGGGAGGAAGAGUAACUGUAGGCCACAUGUCCCUGGCAUCUGUUCAGAGCAGUGUGCAGAAUGUAAGGCUCUUUUGUAAGAAAUGUUUUACAAUUUUUAAGAUAAAUUUAGAUAAACCUAAAAUAGUCACAGAGGAUGUAAAAUAAAAGUGAAAGACUCCCUUCUUACCCCUCACCCCUCCAUCAUACCCUUUAAAACUAACAACUGUGAAUCGUUUGUUAACCCUAUACAAUCAUUUUAAAUAAAAAAUAAGCCUGUG